AUGAGCUCUGCCGAUGAUCGUGAGGAGCGCGGGAGCUCCGACGACAACCCGCGAUCUCCGGCAUUUCUGACUCCCGAGUCCUCCUUGUCCUCGACGGAGUAUCACACGCCCUCCAGUCGGCCCACAACGCCCGCCAGAACCAGUGCUGCUUCUCCGUCGAGCUUCUUCAGCCCGGAUGACGAGCUCAUCACUGUCAAGCUCAAUGAGCGAACCAAAGUGCUGAAUCCCUUGCGCAAGACCUGCGCUCCCAGGGUCGUCCCUGAUCGAGGAUGUCUGAUAACGCAGCUCUUAGUUACUAUCUGGUGCCCGACCAGCGACGCUACGAUCUACUACAAUGCGGAUGGCUCGGAUUUCAACAUGGAUCACCUGAAACCCAGGAGGUACCAGGGCCCCUUCAUGAUCGAUACGUCCAUGGCGAUCGCUGGAUCAGUUGUCGUGAAGGCUAUGGCUGUAGCACAGGGUAGAGCAUUCUCAGAUGUAGCAGUAGCAAGAUUCACCGUGCUGGUGAGUCUGGAGCCGCUCGGAGAAAGUGAGAUUACCUUCACAGCAGACAAGCAGCUCUUGUUGAGGAGAGCCAUUUGCAGUAUUCUGAACGAAAGCAUCCACUGCCUCUUGGUACGCAAGGUAGAGCUGUACAAGCCCGAUGGAGAGCGAGCAAGCAGACAUGAACUAGGAGGAGGUGGUGAUGAUGAGCAUCAAGAAGAGCAUCAAGAAGAGCAGGACAUGCCAGCAACACAACCAGUGAAAGUGAGAGUUGCAAUGCUUGCGCUUAUCCCGGCCGACCGUAUCAAACGUUUCACUGAUCUUUUCAAGGACGGACUGGCGACUGGUGACCUGCAGGCGGCUAUGGACGCUCAGGGGUUGACUUGCAAGACCGAAAGAGGGCUGCGGCGCAAGACGGAGUGGAGGCGCGUGUAUGUGUCAGCUGACCGCUUUUACUACUGGAACAAGGUUACAGGCAAGACUUCUUGGAAGAAGCCGACAAACCUGGAGCUGAUGAAUGUUUCUGACGAUGAGAUUCCUUUGGCAAACGUGAACGAGAGCGUCAGGUCCAACGAAGAGAGUACCUUGUUGGCCAAGACCAAGAUCGCGCUGCAAGAGCACAAGAAGAUGAUUAUGUUGCACCACCAGGAUGCGGCAACGAUCCAGAGGCUGGAGAGAGAAGUGGAGGAGCUCAGGAGCCGUGCUCUGAGACUGGAGGACGAUCUGACGGCGACGCGGCAGAAGCUGGCGAGCUCUGAGUGGAAGAGACACGAGCUGGCCAAAGAGCUGUUACAACAGUUCGAAAGGGAGCAGGAGGUUUUCAUCAAGACGAUCGCUGAGAAGGAGUUGAUAAUCUAUCAGCAGCGAAAGAGUGUGACAAGGCUUCAGACAGCUCCUGAAGACAUCGAGCUCUUGGCAAAGAUUGCUUCGAGCUACGAGGCUCAACUUGCAACUCUUGAAGUCCUGCUCCACCGUGCCUCUGACAUGGUAGCCGCAAAGCUAGAUCUUGGACGCUCCUUCACAGAAGAGAUCCUAAACGCGAUAGAAGAGGGAACAGAAGAGAUAAGGAUGGAAAUGAAUCGCAUCAAGUCUGAAUCUUCUCUUGCAGAGAAAGAAAUCACACAUCUGCGGGGAAAGCUAUUGGACUGUCAAAUUGCUGCAAGUAAUCUAAAGGAAGACAACAUCAGAUUGAAUUACGACAAGCACCUGCUAGCGCUGCAGCUUGAGGAGAUUUCAAGCGUUAGGAAACUGACAGAAAGUGAGUUCAAGGAUCUCAGACAGCAACACAACCUGCAGUUGACAGAGCUGGAGGAAUGGCACAGGAAAAGAGAGUUUGAGCUGCUCUACAAGCUCGAGGAGGAGAGGUCCUUGCGGCACAACAUGAACCAGAGCUUCAACGACCUCCAUGCAACCCUCUCUUCACAAGCUAGUCUCCACCAGCCUUGUCAUCGCUGUUCUGUUGGUGAGAUUUCCUCGCAUCCAGCAGCUUCAUCGCCCGCGUGCCUGCUCUGCGGCCACUCGACCACUUGCUCUCCUCGCAAGGUUGGAGGAGAAAACAAGAAGACGCACAGAGAGACGCAGUGGGAGGAAGAUGAGCACGUGGAUCGAGGAGACGAUGUGGCACAGCUAGUCGAGAUGGUGGCCGGCAGGCUCGAGCACGAGCAUGCAGUGCAUAUCAGGAGGUUGGAGGAGGAGAUUCUGUUGCUGAGGUCGUCGAUGGUGGAGGAGCAGGAGAUGUUGUGCUACGAGCAGAUGAACAUGCAGAGCAUCGACGAGAGCGUGAGGUUGUUGGAGUCAACUGCCUUUCAGCUGUCUCAGAGCGAGGCGAAGCUGCGAGCCCUGCAAGAGAAGUGCUCCUCCUCCUCCUUACUGGCGAUCGAGCAGAAGUUCUACUCCUCUCUCACCUCCUCCCACGUGUCGAUUCUUCAAGACAAGGUAGUGGACAUCGAGAAGACUCUGCUCCUCGCUCAGGGAGCCAGCCGGAGGGUGGAGGGCACCGAACCGGACAGAGGCAAGA